AUGCAGGUGUCAGCUGGAGGCCCAUCAGGGGUAAAUUAUCAGGCUUCCGGUCAGCAUGGAGGCUGCACUGCUUCAUCAGCUUCUGUUCAGUGGCCUAUACUGGACCGUGCUUGCUUCGAGUGUGCUAUGCCCGGGGCUCCUAGACUUGAGUGGAAGGGUAAACUUAGUCCCCUCGCUAAGAAAGUUGUAUCCUUUGUUCGUGCUAGGAAGCUAGUAGAGAAGGGUUGUCUAGCUUAUUUGGCGCAUAUUCGUGACACCAGUGCAGAUACUCCAUCUCUUGAUUCGGUUCCAGUGGUACGCGAGUUUGCGGAUGUGUUCCCCGCGGACUUGCCUGGUAUGCCACCGGAUCGGGACAUUGAUUUCAGGGUUGACUUAGACCCGGGGGCAUGUCCCAUCUCUAUCCCACCUUAUAGGAUGGCGCCAGCAGAACUCAGGGAAUUGAAAGAGAAGUUGCAAGAUCUUCUGAGUGCUGUUUUAAUGCAGGAAAAGAAGGUGUACACAGACCAUCGCAGUUUGCAGUAUAUGUUCACUCAGAGGGAUCUGAACUCUAGGCAACAGAGAUGGAUGGAACUACUGAAGGAUUAUGACAUCACCAUUUUAUAUCACGGUGGUAAGGGAAAUGUAGUGGCUGGCGCAUUAAGCAAGAAGUCGGCUAGUAUGGGGAGUCUGGCUCAUUUGAUUUCUUUAGAGCGUCCGUUGGCUAGAGAGGUUCAGACUCUAGCUAACAGUUUUAUGAGGUUGGAUAUUUCCAACACAGGCAUUGUGUUGGUUUGCGUUGAGGCUCGAUCAUCGUUCUUAGAACAGAUUAAGGCAAAGCAAUUUGAGGAUGCUAAGUUGUGUAAAAUACGUGAUAAGGUGUUGCGGGGUGAGGCCAAAGAAGCCGUGAUUGAUGAGGAGGGCGUGCUGCGAAUCAAAGGGCGAGUAUGUGUGCCACGUGUAGGCGACUUGAUCAAGACCAUUCUGACAGAGGCUUAUAGUUCGAGGUGA